AUGACCUAACAGGAAAAUGAAGUACAAGCAUCCAUUUCAUAACUUUAAAAAUAAUAUACAAAUUUAUUUAUUUUUAAAAAGCAUUUAUUCUAAAUAUUGGCUGUCCGAAAUCAGGAAUAGUCAAAUAACUUCGAUUAAAGUGGUUUGCGUUUGACAACUAAAGAUUUAAGUAAUUAAUUCUUACAACAUGACUGA